AUGGUCGACAUCACGGAGCAGGACGCGUGGAUCGCGCAUCUCAGCGAGUGCAAGCAGCUCUCGGAGAACGACAUCAAGCGGCUCUGUGACAAGGCUCGCGAGAUCCUCCUCACCGAGUCCAACGUCCAGCCCGUCCGCUGCCCCGUUACCGUCUGCGGUGACAUCCACGGUCAGUUCCACGACCUCUCAGAGCUCUUCCGCAUCGGUGGCAACUCGCCCGACACGAAUUACCUCUUCAUGGGUGACUAUGUCGACCGAGGCUACUACUCGGUGGAGACCGUAACCCUGCUCGUAGCGCUCAAAGUACGAUACCGUGACCGCGUCACCAUCCUCCGUGGCAACCACGAGUCGCGACAGAUCACCCAGGUGUACGGCUUCUACGACGAGUGCCUGCGCAAAUACGGCAACGCCAACGUGUGGAAGUACUUCACCGACCUGUUCGACUACCUGCCAUUGACAGCGUUGAUCGACGAUCAGAUUUUCUGCCUGCACGGCGGCCUCUCUCCGUCGAUCGACACGCUGGACCACAUCCGUUCCAUCGACCGCAUCCAGGAGGUGCCACACGAGGGCCCCAUGUGCGACCUGCUCUGGUCCGACCCGGACGACCGUUGUGGCUGGGGCAUCUCGCCAAGAGGUGCGGGUUACACGUUCGGUCAGGACAUCUCGGAAGCGUUCAACCACAACAACGGCCUCACACUGGUAGCUCGUGCGCAUCAGCUCGUCAUGGACGGCUUCAACUGGUCGCAGGAGCGCAACGUCGUCACCAUCUUCUCGGCCCCCAACUACUGCUACCGUUGCGGCAACCAGGCAGCCAUCAUGGAGAUCGACGAAAACCUCAAGUAUACCUUCUUGCAGUUCGACCCGGCCCCGCGCGCAGGCGAGCCGCUCGUCUCGAGGAGAGUGCCGGAUUACUUUUUGUAA